AUGCCGCCGAAACGGGUUGCUGUAGUUGCCCCAGUAGAUUAUCAUAUUAGGACGCGAAGUGCCUCGAGAACUUUGAUCCCAGUAGUCGUUACCCCUCGAGUAGUUGCAUUGAUCCCCGAUAGCGAUUCAGAAAGUGAAGAGAGGCCUUCACGACGAUUAAAUUUUGAUAUCUCUCCUGUUAGAGAAGAACCGGAACAAGUAAACGUACCGUUAAACAUGGAUCCCGACCUAGCCCAAGCUCUCGCAAAUUUUGCAAAUGGCGCUGCUCAGGAUCGGGCACAGUAUCAGGGGUGCCACGAUGCAUUAAUGAAUCUUCUAGGGGCCCAGCAGCAAGAAAGUGCAGCUUUGCGUGCACUGCCAUCUACGUUGCCACCAGUGCCGAUGCAUCCACCACCGGUUCCGACACCCCUCUCUCCUGCAGCACCACACAUUGAUGUCGGAUCGGAACUGCUGUCAAUCGGAAACCAGAUCGCUGGAUUGACGGAACGACUGAAUGGAUUGACGCUGGGAGGAGGCCAGCGCCAAAUGCAGCGCCAGCCAGAUAAUCGCAGCUGCUUUCAGUGUGGAGCGAUCGGACACAUCAAGAGAAAUUGUCCUCGUGGGGCGGUAAACGGCCAGGCCUCGUCGGCUGGCCCAGGCCAGCGCUGA